UUUUGUUUUUGUGGCUGUGGCAUAAUUUUUGUUUAUGGUUCACGGGCUUACUUUUUUGUAAUUUAGUUUUUCAAUCUCAUAUUUGUAUAUUAUUUUGUUAAUUUAUUUAUUGUUCUUCAUUUUGAUGUCAAUUUAAACAUCGAAAUGAGUCUAAAAGAGAUAUUAAUCGAGGCAUGUGAAUGCGAUAGAGCUGGACGUAUAUUGCAAGCUCAGCAUCUCUACCAAGAUGGAAUUCUCGUGCUCCUCGCCACAGCUGAAGCUGAAAAACUGCCAGAAAAACGAAAGUAUUACAUUGGAAAAAUUGAUGAAUACAAAACGCGCCUUGAUGUGAUUCGCAAAAAAAUUGAUGCACACACGACGAAAGGUGAUGUCGUCGACAACAUUCCCAUUAUGGAAGGUUCAACUGGGCACAGCUAUCGUCAACUAUUUGGAAAGUACUUAGACAAUGAAGUGAAAGAGGUAGAAUUAGACGAAGCGUACUUAAUGGAAAAUCAUCAGAUGCAAAACCUAGUUAUGUUCCUUGAAUUAGUUGUAAAGAGCUGCCACAGUCUGAGAUACAUACGAAUUGUCACCAAAAAAGACGAAAGAACGGGUAGCAUUCAAAAAGAAUCAUUUGACAGCAUCAAAACUGAUCUUGCGCGUAGAAACAUUCAACUGGCUGUCGAGUAUCAAAGUAAUUUGCAUGACAGGAAAAUAGUAUUAAGCAAUGGAUAUAUCAUAAAAAUUGGUAGAGGAUUGGACAUUUACAAGCCAAAAACUAGCCGGUUCUGCCUUGGAAUGACAGACUACGAUUUCCGAGAGUGUCGCAAAACAGAAGUGGAUAUUUGGAAGUGCAAAAAAUAUGAUUGAUAUAAAUUUUUGUUUUCGUAUUUAAGUUCGAAUAAAUAUAAGCAAACUAUUUUUUAUAUAA